UCUGACCGUUUUUGGAGCAGGUAGCCGCGAGCUCCGAACCUUGCGCGAGCCCCCUUACAGGGGCGGAGCUGUUUCCGCGCGGGGCUCGCGGCGGGGGGAGGGGCCGAGUCUAAGAACGCCGCGGCCAUGACGCCGGGCCCGUCUCCCUCCACCCACAGUCACAGUUCAUUUCUAGACGCGUUUCUUCCCAGCCCAGGGAGUGAGCCGAUGGCCCAGGUUCGAGAAACUUCCCGGUCCUCCCGCUCCGUUGCCUGCUGGAGUUCGGGAGGUGGUCGCGGAGCCUGUUCGGAGCAGGCGGCUGAGAAGUCAGCGAGAAUGGAGCAGACGAUGCGGAUUGCCCAGGGAUACGAGGGGAUGAAGCCAGAGCCGUGGCAGGAGCUCGAGGCCGCGUCUGACAACUUAACGGGGAGCUGCAGUGGGAGCGAUGAGAAGAUGCUCCCAUCCACCCGCGAUGCCUGUCACACCAGCUGCAGCUCGGUUUGCCCGCGCCGCAAGCCCCGCCCUCGGCCGCAGCCCAGGUCCCGCUCCAGGGGUGGGCGUGGGGUCUUGGCCCCACCCCCGCCACCCUCCCAGCCACCGCCUCCACCACCGGUACUGCCGCCUCCACCCCAGCCUCGGCCUGUGACCCGGCGCCAAUCUAUGCGUAGAUCCCGGCCUAGACCCAGGCCCCAAACACGGAAAACCUUUUCUGGUGACCGAGGCUGCUCUGGGGAUCCAGGCACCAUAGGGUCCGGGGAUCCAGGCGGUGGGGACUGGUUUCAGGAGGAGGAGGAGGACGAGGAGGAGGAGGAGGAGGAGGAGUCUGAUAAGUGCCCAGAGAACUGCUCUCAUGUGCAGAGCUUUAAAGUAGGCAAAAACUGGCAAAAGAACCUACGGAUCACCUACCAGCGAUUCAUUUGGCGCGGAAGUUCGGAGACUAGGAAACGUAAGGCAAACUCGUGCAUCUGUAAUGUAUGUAGCACUUAUGGCAACAGACUUCACUCGUGUCUCUCUUGCGUAUUUUUUGGAUGCUUUACUGAGAAACAUAUUCAUAACCAUGCAGAAACAAAACAACACAAUUUAGCAGUAGACCUCUAUCAUGGAGUUGUAUAUUGCUUUGUGUGCCAGGACUAUGUAUAUGACAAAGACAUAGAUCAGAUUGCCAAAGAAACAAAAGAAAAUAUUCUGGGAGUCUUAACUUCCACUUAUCAACAGUGUAUGACACUGGAGGUUGAAGAAAAUCAGUCAACCUGUGAAUCAAAGGAACAGGAGACCACACUAGUAAAACCCAAGAAAAAGAGGAGGAAAAAUGUAGUAUAUGCUGUAGGCUUCAGAGGGUUAAUCAACCUUGGGAACACUUGUUUUAUGAACUGUGUUGUCCAGGCACUUACCCAUAUUCCUCUGCUGAAAGAUUUUUUCCUCUCUGACAAGCAUAAAUGUAUAAUGACAAGCCCUAGCCUGUGUCUAGUCUGUGAAAUGUGUUCACUUUUUCAUGCUAUGUACUCGGGGAGCCGAUCGCCUCAUGUUCCCUACAAGUUACUGCACCUGAUAUGGAUUCAUGCAGAACAUUUAGCGGGGUACAGGCAGCAGGAUGCUCAUGAGUUUCUUAUUGCAAUAUUAGAUGUGCUGCAUAGGCACAGCAAAGAUGAUAGCAUUGAGGAGGAUGGUAACACUAACUGCUGCAACUGUAUUAUAGACCAAAUCUUUACUGGUGGCUUACAGUCAGAUUUGACAUGUCAUGUGUGUCAUGGUGUCUCUACCACUAUAGACCCAUGCUGGGACAUUAGUUUGGAUUUGCCUGGCUGUUAUACCUCAGAGAGGGGUAGUAGCAUAGUGAGCAGGGAUGACCACAGACCAGGAAGCCCCUCCCUUAUAGAUUGCCUACAAUGGUUUACAAGGCCAGAGGACCUGGGAAGCAGUGCCAAAAUCAAAUGCAGCCGCUGUGAAAGCUACCAGGAAUCUACCAAACAACUCACAAUGAAGAAAUUACCAAUUGUAGCCUGUUUUCAUCUCAAGCGGUUUGAACAUGUAGGCAAACAAAGGAGAAAGAUUAAUACUUUUAUCUCUUUUCCUUUGGAGUUGGACAUGACUCCUUUUUUGGCCUCUACUAAAGAAAGCAUAAUGAAAGGCCAGCCAUUGACAGAUUGUGUACCCAGGGAGAAUAAGUAUUCUUUAUUUGCAGUGAUUAACCAUCAUGGAACUUUGGAAAGUGGUCAUUAUACCAGUUUUAUCCGUCAAGAAAAGGACCAAUGGUUCAACUGUGAUGAUGCCAUCAUCACCAAGGCUACAAUUGAGGACUUACUCUAUAGUGAAGGGUAUUUACUAUUCUAUCACAGACAAGAUAGAGAGAAAGGAGAGAAAGAAUAAUCUUACUCAGACCACUUACCUGAAAAGAGUAAAAGUAAGGAUCCUGAAAAGAUACACAACCCUACCUGGAAUGGACAAUUACAAUGACAUUAACACAACGAACACCUCUUAAAGUAACACAAAAAUCUACCUGGACUGGGACAAUGACAAUAAUGUGUAUCUGACAAAUAGCACUUUGAUAUAUUUUACUAUGUCCCAUAAUUC